ACAAGUUUGCCUGUUAGCAAACAUGCAUAACGACGAAUUGAUUUUAAGACUGCAUCGCUGUUUUGUAGAUUAGGCUAUGCGAUUCGCAACAAUUACACAACCAGCUAGCUAAUCAGUCGCAACCAUAGGUAAACCAUUAUAAAACGUUAAACGAUGUGUGCAUUAACCUUGGAGGUUUAUUCUCAUUCAAAACGGCUUUGCUUUGCUGCAUAAUGGCUCAUAUGAAUGGUACAGUGUGGUGUAAACCUUGUGACUUGCAGGACGAGUCAGUGCUGAUAAUGGCACAUGAUCUGGGCAGCUGAGCCAGGGUCUGAUAUGAAUACAGCCCAACCCGGCCUGAUAACGUAGUGCUGCUGCGGCCGCGGCCUGGGUUAUUCUCUAGUUGCAUUGUGAACCUUUUUUUUAAUUCAGUCAUAUGUUACAACCCACUUAGUGUCUAGCCCAAUAAAGUAGGGAACGACUAGUCCUUAAAUGCACUUUAUAAACUAAUCAAACCGUGCCAUCUUGAAUCAUCUUUCAAGUAUUUCUUUUUACACUUCCCGUUGGACUGAAGCUGAGCACGGGAGACAUGGCCAGUCUGUCAAGGUGGAUGUUGAAGAUUUCCCCUGAACACUAGAGGACCCACCGCAAUCCCGGAAGUGCCCAGCGGAGAGGCCAAUGGCGUCGAAGUCGUCCCUGCUGAAGGUCAUCCUGCUGGGGGACGGGGGCGUGGGCAAGAGCUCCCUCAUGAACCGCUACGUCACCAACAAGUUCGACACGCACCUCUUCCACACCAUCGGCGUGGAGUUCCUCAACAAGGACCUGGAGGUGGACGGGCGCCUGGUGACCAUGCAGAUCUGGGACACGGCGGGCCAGGAGCGCUUCCGCAGCCUCCGGACGCCCUUCUACCGCGGCUCCGACUGCUGCCUGCUCACCUUCAGCGUGGACGACAGCCAGAGCUUCCUCAACCUGGCCAACUGGAAGAAGGAGUUCAUCUACUACGCCGACGUCAAGGAGCCCGAGAGCUUCCCCUUCGUGGUGCUGGGCAACAAGCUGGACGUGGCGGAGAGGCAGGUGGGCGCCGAGGAGGCCCAGCAGUGGUGCCGGGACAACGGGAACCACCCGUACUUCGAGACCAGCGCCAAGGACUCCACCAACGUGGCGGCGGCCUUCGAGGAGGCGGUGCGGCGGGUGCUGGCCGCCGAGGACAGGGCGGAGCACCUCAUCCCCACGGACACGGUCAACCUGCACCGGAAGCCCCGCUCUAGCGCCUCCUGCUGUUGAUUGCCGGCGCGAAACUGCGGCUUUUUUUCCUCGUACCCCCCAGCAUGCAACUUGAGGCAUGGCCUACCCCCACCCCCCCACCCCCCCUCCUCCUCCUCCUCGCCCUCCCCCAGGAAAGAUUGGGGGUGCAUUCAGGAGACAGAACAUCAGGGAGAACACGAUGAGAUGAUGGGUGGAGCCCAGAGCUUAGAGUUUUUCUGAAGGGCGUCGGACAAGCUCUGAACUCCAACUCCCAUCAGCCCCUUUGAGAAAAGCUGUGUGGUGCUUAGCCAGUUGAGCGUGCCCUUGAUUUGUUUGGCAUGAGUGCAGCGCUCCCAUCCGCACGUGUCCCCGCUUGGCCUGGCGCCCCUGAGUAAGAAUCCUUAGUGUAAUUAGAAGCUCAUUUAUUCCUGGAUGUGUGGGAUUAUAGGGUGGGGUGUGGAGGGUAGGCUUCUGAAGCCAUAGGGGGGACUUCCAGGUCAACUGUGUAGUAUUUAAUAAAAGUAUAAAUAUUGUCUAACUCUUACAUGUCCUAAUAUAAAGAAAUGUCGCGGUAAUGGAGGUCUGGAGCUGUUUCUAAUGAUGACGUCAGGAUGUCGGAGAGAACAGCUUCCUUUACGUCACGGUCUGAAGACCGACAGGAAGAGGCACCUCAGCCUCCUCCAUAGCAGAAAUUAGUUUGGACCGGGGCCCAAAAUGAGCCCCUCUUGCUUAUUAUGUAGAUCAGAUUUAGAGAUGGAAAAAACAAUUAAACGGUAUGUCAAUUUGCUUAAGAUCCAGUAAAAAAAAAACAAAAAAAAAUGAUUUCAAUGUUAAGCUCUGGAACAUAUUUCAUAUGGCUACAUUAUACACGCUAGCUCAGUUGUCAGAAGAAAAAAAUCUUGGUGUUGAUUAUUUUAAUGAAACAGCAAUUUGUUUACCUUAAAUUGAAGGAUUACACAAAGGUGCCAAAUGUAACACUGUCUCUAAUGAAUUUGUAACAUAACUCAAUUAUAUUGACUGACUAAAGUAAUUUAUACAGUCUUCCCAUUUUUGUCUGACCUCAGAAGUGUUGGUCACUUUCUAAUAAAAAGCACUAGUGUUCCUACUUUAUAGUACAGAGAUAGACGUUGGACAAAAACAAUUGUUAGCAGGAAUAUUCUUAGUAAGCAGGACUACUCAUCAACCAUGUACUGUUGGGGGGGGGGGGGGACUGUGUGUUCUUUUGGACUUUGCAAAAAAUGUCCUUUUGCCGGGGAGAAUUUGCAAACGCAAGAGGGAAGAGACAUUGGAGCGGAAAAGCCUGGCUGUGUUCUCAUGCAUGAAAAGAUUCUGCUGUUUACAUUACCACUAAUAAACUGAAAAAGAUGUUUUACUGCACAAA